ACAAGGGACCUCUUCUGUUGGUAGAGGAAACUUUGGAAAAUUAUGUUUGAGCGCGCAUAGUUACAGUUCACCAUUUUUCAAUCCCCGGAAUGGUUUUCACACGAUUCAUUCAGAGCAAAGCCCCGUGAAGCCCAGGAUAGUUACUGUGGUGAAACCCAAUGGACGCACACUCAGAAGGAUAACCUUGCUUCUGAACAGAAGAUCAGUGCAGACUUUUGAACAGCUGAUAGCUGACAUUUCAGAAGCUCUGGGAUUUCCACGCUGGAAGAAUGACCGUGUGAGAAAGCUUUACAACCUGAGAGGUAGAGAAAUCCGAAGUGUUUCUGACUUCUUUAGGGAAGGUGAUGCCUUCGUUGCUAUGGGGAGGGAGCCACUCACUUUGAAGAAUUUGGAACUAGUAAUACAAGAACUUUAUCCAGAUAAUCCUUACGCUGGCAGUGCAAUUCCUCAGAAUGAGGAGCAGUCCCAAAAACUGCAGAGCAGGCUGUAUGACAAGGCUUCAAAAGUGGACAGCGGCUUUGAUGAGACAGAAGUUGCCAAGAACUGUGGUGAUCCCUUGUCUCCCAAACUGGCAGCCAGAUGUGAAGGAAAAAGUCAAGCCAAGACAAGGCAAGAGGAAAAGAUGAGAACCAAAAAAAAAUGGACUAGAGAAAGUUGGGAUGGUGAUCAGGGCGUGAAGCCUUCUAGAAAAGGCCGAGAAGGCGAGUGGUACUGUAACCAAGAGAAAAGUCCUGAGAAAAGAGCAGAGGAGAGUUCAGAGGAAGUAAUGAGAUGUGAGAAGUGCGAACGGGAAAGGCAGGCCAGACAAAAGUUACAAAGGGAAAGGCAGGCUGAGACCUCAUUUGAGAACAGAGACCUCAACACAGACACGUGUCAGAGGUACCAUGUAGAAAGAAAUGUGAAAGUCGGGAAUUGCCGAAAAUCUUCAGAAAUUCCUCUAGAAGCUGAGGAACUCGGACUGAAGAAUAAUGGCAGUAGGAGGACAUGGAAGCACUUGCACAGGAACAUUAGUGAGGAACUGGAAAAGCAAAAAAGGAGCACUGAGAAGGAAAGGGGUCUAGAGAGGCAUGAAAACCAUGAGAAAGAAGUAGUAAAAAUCAAGAAGACUGCUGUAGAAGCACGGCAGGUAACUCAUGAAGUGAAGGAAGAGAAUGGAAGUAGCUGUGUAACUAACCAGAGUGGUUGGCUAAUGAAAGAUACUCCAAGAGAUGCAGGGAAACUAUCAAAAACACCUAGGGAAGGCAGAGAAGGGCCAAGGACUAAAGAGGAGGGUGCCAGAAGAGAGGGAGAUAUCCUACACAGAGAGAAUGAUGUGAGACGACCAGAAAAAGCAGGAGAGCGCAGAAUGAAUAAAGAGGAAAGCAAGGCCCAGGGACUGGAAAACACAAGCCAGAGGCAUGCUAUUAAAAGCAGAACUGAUGUGGAAAACCACUAUGAGAUUGGCAGGACCAUUGGGGAUGGGAAUUUUGCAGUGGUGAAGGAAUGUCGCCAUUGCAUCUCCCAUGAGAUCUAUGCCAUGAAAAUUGUUGAUAAGUCCAAGCUAAAGGGGAAAGAGGAGAUGAUGGAAAGUGAGAUUCUGAUCAUCAGGAGUCUUUCUCAUCCCAAUAUAGUAAGCUUAAUUGAGGUGUAUGAAACGGAGGCUGAGAUUUAUCUAAUCCUGGAGUAUGUCCCAGGUGGGGAUUUAUUUGAUGCAAUCAUAGAAAGUGUGAAGUUCACAGAACACGAUGCUGCUGUCAUGAUCUCUGACCUGUGUGAGGCAUUGGUUUAUAUUCACAGCAAAAACAUUGUUCAUAGAGACCUCAAACCAGAGAAUCUUCUGGUUCAGCAUAAUGCAGAUAAAUCUACUACACUGAAACUAGCAGAUUUUGGCCUUGCAAAGCAGGUUACAAAACCCAUAUUUACUGUGUGUGGAACACCAACAUACGUUGCCCCUGAAAUACUUGCUGAGAAGGGUUAUGGGCUUGAAGUUGACAUGUGGGCAGCUGGUGUGAUCCUUUACAUUCUCCUCUGCGGUUUUCCCCCUUUUCGCAGUCAAGACCGUGAUCAGGAAGAGCUGUUUCAGAUCAUACAGCUGGGUCAUUAUGAGUUCCUUUCCCCAUACUGGGACAAUAUUUCUGCAGCAGCAAAAGACCUCAUAACCAGGCUGUUGAUAGUGGAUCCUCAGAAGCGCUACACAGCACGACAAGUACUUCAGCAUCCUUGGAUCAGAACAGCUGGAAAAACAAACAGCAGAAAUUUGCAGAGGGAAGUGACAAAAAAUAUUGAGCGUCACUUCCGGAUGCAACGCCGCAAGGAAGCUGCCAGUGAGGGCACCUGAAGGCUCUUCAAGCUGAUAUAGUCAUC